AUGCUGAUGGCCAAUCCGGACGCCAAAUGCGUUCCUGAGAAAGGCGAGUGCGACAAAACCGUGUUCCAUCGUUGCUGUGACAAGCUAGUCUGUGAUCUGGAACGGCCGGGCAAAGGAGUUUGUAUCGAAUGUUAUCCGGACAAUCACCUUUGCAUGAAGGACGAUGAGUGUUGUAGCAAGCAGUGCAAGCUAUUCAAAUGCAAACCGAAACCAGCUGUCUAA